GACUAUAUACUAAAGAAAUUCCCAUGAGAACUUGAGACUCUGAGAUAAUCUUUGUGUUUGUUUGUUUCACGAAUAAUCGUGGCUAUGUUGUGUGUUGAUCAAGGUGAGGAGUGUUGUAUUGCGAAGUUUGACCAAGCUUUGGAAGGAAUGACAGUUGUAUGUUGUUGAUUUGAUAUUUUCCAUCCGUUCAACGCUGUGUAACCGAUUGUUGUUUUUUUUCGAUUGAGCUUGAAAAUGUCUGCUGUAAACACAGAAGAAAAACUGAGAUUGGUUUUACAUGGUCUAUUGAACUCUGACUGCAAGUUAGUCGACGACACAUACUUAGAAAAACUCCUCAGCCACAUUCCUGCGAUCGUCGGUAGUUCAGAAAAUGGUAACUGGUCAACAAGUGGUGGUCUGUGUCUUGAGUGGCUCCACCAAGUGCAAGAGUCAUGGCAGUUAUUGCCACCUCACCCUUCAUUAAUGGCAUUUGCUUUGAGACUAUUGGCAGCGCUUACACAUGAUGAACAGAGAUUUACCUUUCUACAGAAAAUGAACACUGUCAGUAUCUUCUGUCAAAAAAUGAAGCUUCAGAACAACAAAAAUGUUUCAUUAAAUUUAGCUUAUACUAUUCUGCUGUCGUCAGUCAUACAGCAUAAGGAAGGAAGAAGAUGGGUAGUAGCUAAUGGGUUGUGGAAGGAUGUCAUAAACUUCUGCCUUAGCGAUGCAAGCAUAUAUGUUGCUCGAGAAGGUCAAAAAUUUGUCGCAGAUCUUUUUAGUAACUUGCUAAAGGAUGGAACACCUGGUGUUGCAGCUGUUGAAGAAAUUAUGAGAUAUGCCAUGAAUCCUGUUCUUAUUGGCAGAAACAGCUUUGCAGUAGACGUAAAAAUCAAACAAGACAAAAUGUUACCAAGUAUAGGUAUAAUGUGUUACGUUUUUGAAACCUCAAUGGAUGUAAGAAAUUUGGCUGUUUUGUGUGGCAUUAUAAACAAAUACAGUUUAGAGACAGUGGCAUGGUCACUGUUAAAUGGCAGCCUUGACAAUAUAUUUGUUGCACAAAUAUCAAGGUUCCUAGCACUCCUUUACUUUGUUUUGUUCAAAUACAAGGCUAGUUCGUCUGGCCACAUAACAUUAGAACAUGUGAAGGAAAUAGAUGCAAGUAUUGUAAACUUGUUGUCUGCAUUGUUUGCAAAAGGUUUUGUGAGAAACGCUCUGAAAAUUAUUGUCCAGUCUCAUUUCCAGUGGCACGAAUUUAUUAAAAUAAUCCAAAUUGAUCCUGAAGCCAGGAAGCAUGAAUUUGAGAAUCAGCUGUUAGCCUUACAGGUGGGACCAAUUCUUGCUAUUCUGUCCAGUAACACGAUCUCACAUGAAUAUUUCGAUGAAUUUUGCACAAAACUGACUGGUUUGAUGCAUCAGGAAACUGUUCGGGCAGUAUAUGCAAUUAAGAAAAUGCUGAGGGACCAGCCCAACAGUCAUGAGGUUGCUCACAUGGCUGUACUUAGUAUAUUACAGAUAAAGGAUGUAAUGGACAAGGAUAAAGCAGUGGUUGUGUUCCAGGUUUUAAUGUAUAGCUUAAAAGAGUUUAUGCCACCAUCUGUGCAGUGUCUUCCAGGAUACACCAUUGAUUCGUAUGACUUUCCAAUAGAGUAUCCAGAGUUACUCUCAACAGUCUUGGAGGCUUUAAUGAUGCUAAUCACAAACUUCCACAUUGUAUGGUCACAAAGUGUAGAAUCCAUUUGCAUCUUCACAUUUCUAUCAAUUUUACUCCAAAAUCCAAACCUCAGUUGCAGGGAUGCAGUUCAGGCCCUGAAGCUUAUGGGAGAAGUUUUAGUGUCCUUCAUGCCUCCAAAUCUGGCACUUUUAGUGGUCCCUGUGAAGGACAGUUCAAUAAAUAAUCUUGGACCAGUUGUGAGGCAACGCUUACAUGAUGUCAACUGGGAGGUACGAGACUCUGCCCUUGAGGUGCUGCGGAACGUCGUCACAAUAUCUGAAAUCAAAUUCCCAGUUUUCCAGGAUCAUCUGUUGGAACAUGAGUUAAUUGGUUUGGUUGUAGCAAUGUCAAUAGAUGAUGCAGAAAGUUAUGUCCGUGCAUCUGCAAUAAACUGCUUAUGUCAUAUGGUGAAAAUUGAACGCUUUUGGGCUGAAUGUCUUUUUGCUCAGGACUUAUCAGGUAAAAUGACAAACAUUUUGAAAAAAGAUACAGAAGGUAUAGUACGAAAGGAAGCAGCAGCUCUAAUGACUGAACUGUAUGAACAUGAUAAGCUGAGGAAAGAGAUAUUACCUGUUGUGUACAGCACAAUGUCUGCUGCUGCACUUGGUGAUUUGUACUGGGAAGUCCAAGUAAAUGCUCUUACCUUUUGGGAAAAAGUUAUCGAUCAUGCUAUGGUAAAUCAAGGCAUGAUUGAUGGUGCAUUUCCUAGUGUCACAUUUUCAAAGGAGAAUCGUAAAAUUGUGACAUUGACUGAAAAGGAAAUACAAUCACGCCUGAGAAAAGUUCUCUCAGAACUGUCACAAAUUGGAUGUUUACAGGUUCUUCUUGUGUUGAUUCAAGACUGUAAUAUGCGUGUUGUGUGCAAAGCAGCAUCUGUUAUAACAUCAAUUUCAAAAUCAUUAUCAGAACAUGAUUUGCUGUCACCAGCUGCAAAACAUCUUCCAGACUUGGUGAUGUCCAGUUGCACUGAAAGAUUUCCUGACAUGCCUGCUAGCAGAGUGCAAGGACCACGUUUUGCCAGCAACAGUGAGGUUGACUCUAUUCCUACUACUCCACAAAAGCGCCAAACAGAAACCUCUGCUAGUGUCAUAAAUUCUAUAGUCCAACAAUCAGAUAUGAAACUUCUGCAGGAUGUAUACAGAAGCAAAUUGAGUGUUCCACAUCCAUUUGAUCAUCGUGUGACAACAAUAUGCAGCAGUGUAAGUCCAGAAGAUUUUCUUCACGCUCUUGGAACACUCAACAUCCAGAAAAUGAUUCAAGAAAAGAAUCGUUGGCUUGAAUAUUACUCUGAUGACUUUGGUUCUUUACUUGAUGAUAUACUAGCUUCAAAUGAAGCUAAAGAAUACAAUGCUAUUGAUUGUUACUGAUAGAAUGCAGUCUGUGUAUGUGAUAUUGUGUGCCAAUUCAUUUAUUUUAAUUAAACUGUGUAGUUUUGCAAAAUAUAGAACAUAAAAAACAAAAAGAAAAGAUUGAGAUGUGCAGUCCAUUGUAAAGUAUUUUAUUAAUGGUUGAUGUAAAUAGUUUUGUAUGAGGAACAAACAUAUUGGAUCACUAUCAUAAAUGAAGAAAAUAUUUUAAAUGUUUUUGACUUUUUAUAUAUUCUAUUAUAGUUUAUUGGCUGUUAAUUGUAACUGAAGAUACAUAUUUUUCGUUUCCAUAAAAUAAUUAAUGGAAAAUUCAGUCAAUAUUUCAUGAUUUUUUUUAAUGAAAUAGACGAGAAAAAAAUUGCAAAAAAUACAAAUUAUGUUAAAAUAACAAACUUCAUUAUUAUGCAUUUAUUUUUAACAUUUCAGUAUGUUUUUGCUUGCAUACCUCGGGAAGUAAUGAGUCACUGAGUAUAAUGAAAGUAUUGAUGUGAAAUGUAACAUUUACAAUAUGUAUUUGUAUAUUAGUGAUUUUUAAGCAGAUAUUGAAUCUGCACAUAUUUUGCUAGAAAUUUACCAUGAGACUAGGUGUACAGUGAGUUGUCAGAAAAUGAGUUCCUUGAAUAAAUAUUAUUGUACAUAGUUGGAACUCAUUUCUUGAGGGUUUUGAAAAAUGGAAUUAGUUAUGCUUGGAACUGUGAUAUAAGAAUUGUGUAAAAUAUGUUUUAGGAUGAAUAAAGGAAAUUAACAGUUA